CGUGAUUGAUGUAUUGGGAAGGAGUGAACAUCAGGUGAAGUGAUAUCCGGUUUCCGUUUCACACAAUUGUUGUGCAUUUGUUUCAGUCGUUCCGUGCGUUCACUGCAUUCACUGCUCAGACUGCAGUCCACUCUUUUGCCGCACUCUUGUCGGCGAUUAGUGUCUCACGUGUUGUCUCAUUGGCGCCAUUCCUACCAAACUUACCAUUCAUUCAUAGGAUCUGCGAAUUGAUACCAAUAUCUCAUUGUUUUGUGUCUUUCAUUUGCAGUCCUUUUAGUCAUUCGUUUAGUCUUUGUUUUUAAAUUAUUACUUAAAUCGCAACCAAAUGGCAGACAAUUCAAAGGGCCAAAUCGUGGAGAACACGGCUGCCAUUGAUGUCGAGUCCGGAGAUCUGGACGAAAAGCAAUUGGGCGCUCUGACCGCACAAGUGAUGAACAAUCCGGAAGUGUUGGCGGCCAUGCAGUCCAAGUUGGCGGGAAUGGUAGGCCUGCCGUCUGGCUAUUACGACACACUGCCGACGGUUGUCAAGAGACGGGUGAAGGCGCUGAAGAACUUAGAAAUGGAGAAAAUCAAGAUUCAGAGCCUAUUCUACAAAGAGUUACACGAAUUGGAGACCAAAUACGAAGUGAAAUACAAUCCCAUCUUUCAGAAGAGGAAUGAUAUCGUGAAUGGUGUCCACGAACCCAAUGACGAGGAAUGCAAUUAUCCGUCAGAUUCUGAAGACGAGGACGAAGAAGAAGCCAAAGAGAAGGCAGUGAAGGCCGAGGAGAAGUCGGAGGACAAAGACGUGAAGGGAAUCCCCGAGUUUUGGUUAACUAUAUUGAAAAAUGUGGACAUCUUUGCCGAGAAUAUUCAGGAACACGACGAACCCAUUCUUCAGCACUUGAAAGACAUUCGCGUCACUCUUAAUAAGGAACCGGAGGGCUUUAAAAUUGAGUUUGUCUUCAAUGCCAAUGAAUUCUUCAAUAAUGAAAUUCUCACCAAAGAGUAUGACCUGAGAUGUGGUCCCGACGACGACGACCCCAUGUCUUACGACGGCAUCUCUAUUGUCAAGUGUAGGGGAUGUAAAAUUGAUUGGAAGAAAGGCAAGAAUGUGACCGAAAAGACCGUAACUAAGAAACAAAGACACAAAUCCAAAGGACAGGUCAGGACUGUCACCAAAACAGUGAAGAGCGACUCGUUUUUCAAUUUCUUCGAUCCGCCCGAAGUUCCCGAGAAGUUGGACGACUUGGAUGAUGACACCCAUGACUUGCUUCAGGCCGACUGGGAAAUGGGAGAACUGUUGCGUCAGUCGAUAAUCCCGAGGGCUGUGCUGUUCUUCACUGGCGAAGCGCUGGAUGUGGAGGAAGACUACGACGAAGAGGACGAGGAGGAGGAUGACGACGAUGAAGACGAGGAGGACUCGGACGCCGAUGAGGACUACUCUCCGCCGAAGAGCGCGGGCAAGAAAGGAGGUAAGGGUCAGAACCCGGCGACCGGACAUAAGGGCAAAGCAGCCAAUAGUGGAGACAAACCGCCCGAAUGUAAACAACAAUAAAUAAAACUCUAGUUUUGAUUACAAAUCACUAUUUUUAAGAAUUUGGACA